CCAUCGGAUUCCUCAAGUUCCGCUGCGGAAUGCCCCUGUUGCACAUCGCUUCCCAUCCCAGACCUAGCAACCUUCGCUGAAGCCAUUCCAGCGGAGAACCUGGCACCCUGGGUAUUGCUACCCUGGAAGACUAGUUCCUGUAUAUUAUAG